UGGUACAUGGCAUUCAAAAAUUUAGAGCGUGACAAUCGCGUCAUGUUCUUUGUUUUACCGCGCAUGCUCAUAAUUUUACAAUUCCGAAGAAGGGUUAUCGGGCACGUGUAGCAGAGCAACAGUGUAAACUUGUGUUGGAUCAUGAACAGCGCCAUUUUCCAAUCCGCCGUGCGUCCAAAUCUCCCUCUAAGGCGACCGGCGACUAGCCUUGGGAUUUCACCCAGGAUAAUCACGCCUCCAUUUGGCGAAAAGAAGAGUCUGUCACCAGGCGGCCUGACUGCCAACGCUGGCGCCGGAGAUGCUGCAAAAAUGGACAGUGGAAGGAAAGACAAUGGGCCUUUGCCUGCAGAAGACAGUCCAUCUAAGACCUGGCCUGAGGCCGGAAACCCCACUGUGGUGAAACUGUGCAAUUACUGCAGUCAGCAAGGCAACUUCAGGUGCACGCGGUGCAAGACGACAUGUUACUGCUCGGUGGCCUGCCAGACGGAGGACUGGAAGGCCCACAGGCAUGUGUGCAAGGCGAGCGCACAGGAAUCCCCAUCCAGCAGCAAAACUCAAGAGCCGGUGACAUCUCCUGUGUUAAGCGGACCCAAGUCUCCAGAAUCCACGGUGAGAGCAGCCCCCGUGGGACAGGUGACGAGAGUGUAUCUGCACGAGUUGCCCAAAAACAAGAUCGCUAAAGGAACUCAGCUGCAGGCAUCUGUGGUAGAGCUGAGGAAUCCUGGGAAGUUUUUCAUUCAUGUCCAGUCGGCGGAGAUGACGGAGCUCCUGCACAACGUUACCAUGGCGCUGCAGAAGACCUAUGCAGGCUCUCUGGGCACUGAGUACCUGCCUGACUAUGGAGAGCUUUGUGCUGUCAAAUACUCCCAAGAUCAGAAUUGGUACCGGGGUGCGGUGCAGUCCACAGAUGCCGUUUACAAAACUGCCAGCGUUUUCUACAUCGACUUUGGGAACCAAGAGGUGGUGACGCUGGACAGGAUCAAACCCCUGUCCGCAUGCGUGGACCUGGCCCCCCCAUUUGCUGUGGAAUGCCGAGUCGCGGGCGCGGUGGCGGUGACGGGCAGCUGGACGGAGGAAUCCUGCAUCGCCGCGCGGCAGCUGCUGGCCAGGAAGAGCCUCCCGGUGACGGUGGUCGACGUGCCGGACAACGCCGACGUCUGGGCUGUGGACAUAAUGCUGCCUGCUAUAGGGAAGAAGCUCAGCGCGGUCCUGGUGGAGCAGGGCUACGCGGUGGAGGAGUCCAGCGGACCUGCAGAGCCAAGCGACCAGGACAUCGACUCCAUACUGAGUGCAGCUUUGGAGAACUUCAGACGUUCCUCCGGGGGUCGGAAGGACAGUGUGGAGAUCCUGCCCCCUGAGCCUCUGACGCAGGGAUUGGGCGACAGCUUCUCCGCCAUGGUGACCCACGUGCAGUGCCCCUCUGAACUCAUCUGUCAGAAGGUGGAGAAUGCCAGUGUGAUUCAGGAGAUGCAGCUUAAGCUGAGAGAGUACUGCGCACAGACUGCGGCCAGCGAAGACUUCAGACCUGCCCCCGGCUCAGUCUGCUGCUCACAGUUCACAGAGGACCACCAGUGGUACAGAGCCACAGUUCUGGGCUACUCUUCAGAGACCAGGGUCUGCGUGGGGUACAUCGACUUUGGAAACUCAGAGGAGGUGGAUUUGAAUUGCCUGCGGCCCAUCAAUGCAGAGCUCGCGGCAUUGCCAAUGCAGGCCAUCCCCUGCGUCCUGGCAGAUGUGAAGCCCGUUUCGGGCAGGUGGAGCGACGAGGCAAUCUUGCUGCUGAAGAAGAGCGUCUGCAACAAGUUUGUACGUGUGGAGAUAGUGGGGGAGCGGCAGAGCGCGGCGCUGGUGGUGCUGACGGACGAGUACAGCGACCCGCAGACCAGCGUCAACGAGAUGCUGCUGGCCUCUGGCCACGCCCUCCUGGACGACACCUCGCCCCCGCGGGCUGCCGCCCGGGCCCUCGCCAACACCAAUACCCCCCAGCAGCCCACCAGCAACAGCCUUACCGGAGACUCCGCGCCCCUGCCAGCAGAAAAGGCCAACCAAAUAGAGGAACCCUCCACAGCCGGGCCCCCCGCGUCCACGCUGCAGUGGUCCUGUGCAGAGCUGCCGUGUGACGGUCAGACGGUGGAGCUGGCCAUUAGCAUGGUUGAGAACCCCGGAGAGUUCUAUUGCCAUCAUUACAAUGCCAAAGAUAUCCACGCCCUGAAGGAGCUGUCGGGUCAGGUUCUGGAGCACUGCCGGUCCCAGGGCGCGCCCUUCAUGCCCACCGUGGGAGAACCCUGCUGCGCUGUGUUCCCAGGGGAUGGGUCCUGGUAUCGGGCAAUGGUGCUGGGUUUGGCACCGAACAAAAAGGCCAGUGUUUAUUUUGUGGACUACGGAAACACCUGUGAGGUGGAGCAGACCCACGUGCAGGCCAUACCGCCCCAGUUCCUCAAGCUCCCGUUUCAGGCCAUACGCUGCUGGCUGGCAGGUGUGGAGCCCCCGCAGGGCGGCUGGGGGGCGGACGCAGUGCGGCGGUUUCAGGUUCUGUCGGUGGGCCGGCAGCUCCAGGCCCGGGUCUGCUCCAUCACCGAGAGGGGCUUCGGGGUGGAGCUCAUGAGCGACGGUCGGAGCAUCGGCGCCCAGCUGCUGGCCGAGGGGCUGGCCAAAGCCGGCGGUCAGCCGGAGCCCCCUGCAGCCACUCGGGGGUUGCCAGGGGGCACAUUUCCUGUGGACUGGAAAACUGUGGAGUUACCGAGAAACAAGCCCUUCCAGCCUCGUGUAGCGGCUAUCGUCAGUCCUUGCCUGUUUUACAUAAUGAGAGAGGAUAACAAGGACAUGGAAAAAGUUCCAGCUCUCAUGAAGGAUCUGGCAGCCCACUGCAGCGCCCUCACUAAAGCCUCCCCUUCGAACCCUCAGCCUGGAGCGGCAUGUUGUGCCCAGCUGACAGGUGAUAAGAGCUGGUACAGGGCUGUUGUCCUAGGAACUGCUGGCUGCGAAGCAGAAAUAUUGUGUGCAGAUUAUGGGAAUGUGGAGAAGGUCCCAUUAUCGGACAUUGUGCCCAUUGCUGAACCGCAUCUGCUGCUGCCUUUCCAGAUCGUCAGGUGUGCACUGUCAGGAUGUCAUGGACUCCCUGCAGGAAAGGAGCUCUUCCCAGCAGAGUGGUCCAAGUCGGUGCUGGAGAUGUUCAGCUCACAGCUGAGGGGCGCGGCCCAGGCCACUGUAGACCGCUUCGAUGGGACCUUCAACCUCCUGGUCCUGGCCCUGACGGAGAUUGCCACGCAGCGAGCCGGCAAGAGCAGCAGCACACUACCUCUGAGCUCGCCAAAAGAGACCGGAGGCCCCAUCACCGUGAAACCGAGCACCACGUCCACGGACCCAGCUCCUGGUCUGCACUUCAAUGCAUUCAGAAGUAGAAGUUUGUCAUGCUUGGUUCAGUCUAUAGAAGAGAUCGUGAAGUUGAAGACAGUGUUGAAAGAAGCUAAGGCAGGGCCACUUAAUGUUGAAACAAAGAGCAAAGAACAACCACAGCAAGACACGAAGAGAGCCGCCACUGACGCCUUUCUCCCCAACACAGAUGGCAAAUGCUGCUGCAGUCACCUGAUUCAGAAGAUUGAUCAGCUUGAAGAGUUGAUUGUGCUAUUGAUGAAUCAGCUGGGAACUUCAUUACCGAAGUGAAGAACUACAGUUGCAGUAAAAUAACUGUUCGCUUGGAGCUUUAAUGCAAAAUGCAGUUAAAAAAUGAAUGUUUGUGAUAAAGAACUCAUCAACUGCAGUACUAACGGCGAACAAUUGUUUGAAGCACAUACUGAGAAUCCUUGGGUUCUUGAAGAAUCAAGUGCUAUACAAAGUCAUUUUUACUUUUUUUUUAUUUUUUGUAUUUUUAUUUAAUUUAUGUUUUUUAGCUGGAUAAGUCUGUGUUUUGUAAAGUCAGACUUCCUUGGUUUAUAAAUGGUGUUAAAUUUUGCAUCACAAUGUUUGGUCAAAACAUUGUUUAGACCAGGUUCAGAAUAUCAUAGGUUUUGUAGUUGUGGAUUUUUGUUUUCUAAGCACUGCAGUAUUCCCAGAAAGCAUUGCACAUUCAUUAAGGUCAAAGCCUACAGCGCCCUGUUGGAAGACCACAUUGUUCCCAAUUAUGCACUUUCUCAUUUACCUUUAAAUGUUUAAAAAUGUUGGUUAAAUAGAAAAGUUGUGUCUUUAAAAUUAUUAAAAUAAUGAGACAUC